AUGGACGGUUCGAAAGCACCGAAACCCUUAAAAUCAAUAGGCAACCUCACGACCGCUGUCGAUCAACUCCUCUUUCACCCCAACAACGAGAUGCUCUGCAUGGCUUCCAGCCUAGAGAAAGCCGCUGUCAGACUGUUUGACUUGGAUUCCCAGCGCGUCUACGCCAACUUCCCCGCCUGCAUGGGUCGCUUGGAGGAGCCAACGUCGCUCGGUGUUAGUCCCAACGGCGGCUACCUUUCGAUUGGACAGGCUAAUGGACACGCGGCCCUUUUCCGAUUCGAGAACAAUCCGAAGUACUGA